AUGAACGGAGCUGUGGUAAAUAUAUUCAUCUGCUCUCUGAUGACAGCAGUUCUCUUGUGUCAUUUUAACGAAUGCAAACCUACUGGAAUUUCUAUGAGCUGCGAUCUCUCAAAAGAAUUUGAAGUCUGUGUGAAUCUAACAAAACGUGAUACCUUCAAUCGUAGUGCCGAAUUGGAUGUGUCCUCUCUCAGAUAUGCCGUUGACUUAGACACUCAAGUAUUUACUGCAGUGUGCUUAAGUUACAACAACUGCGCAGUGAGAAUUUUAUUGAAUUGCAUUGGUCACGUACUUCAACCCGAAUGGCAACACUGUCUCGAUGAUAAGACAAAACAACAAGCCAUGGCUGCGUACAAAUAUUUGGAUAGCAUACGACACACACCGGAGAAAUUUGAUCUGGAAACAUUUCAGAAUAUGUUUCCACUCAAAUAGGACGGCAUCAUCCACCGUUAAGGUCUUCAUAUAUCUUCAAUGCAUCUCUCUCAAUAUCUUUCAUUCACACACAUGUACGUAGAAUGUGUUGACACAAUAAUGUGAGUGUACAACUUGACCUAUUGCCUUGACAAACUACUGAUUUCCGUAUCUACACAAGUGAUUGGAUGAUGUGGAAAUGAGUCAUAUUUAGUAUUUUCAGCUAACUGUGUUGUUAUGUUGUUGAUGGUUCUAACAAUUAAAAAAUACUUGACCUUCUGUGUAUGCUGCAUCUUCUACACUUAGUUCUUUUCCUGAUCACUUAUUGCUCUC